ACCGGAUGUGGACGUCCGAGCAGACUGAGAACACGUGAACCCAGCAGCAACCAAAACACACACCACUGACACAAAAAUGGACUUUACUGAGGUUCCCGUUAGUGAUCAGGGUAAAGGUAAGAAAAAGAAGAACAAGAAGACGAAAAAGCAGAAAGUGAGUGAGGAAGGAGAAGCCCGGGGAGACGAUAUUGACACGAAAGACGGUGUGAAGAUGGAGAGGACCGAGCCUGUCACCGUUUUUCCCCCGACUUUCAGUGUGUCCGAAAUCAAGAACAAACAGCGCAGACACCUCAUGUUUAUGAAGCUGAAGCAGGACAAGAGAAAGCAAAAGAUUAUGCUGAAAAAGAAGAAGAAAAAAGAGCGAGAGGCUUUAGGUGACAAGGCACCUCCAAAAGAAGUCCCCAAGACCAUUGAAAAUCAAAGGGUUUAUGAUGAAACUACAGUUGAUCCAGAUGAUGAAGAGGUCAAAUUCGAUGAGGAAACUGAUGAAUUUGCUGCAUACUUUAAUAGACUGACAAACCCCAAAGUUCUCAUUACAACAUCAGAUCGACCAAGAGGAAGAACAGUAAGGUUUUGCGAGCAGCUGGCAACAGUAAUUCCUAAUGCCCAUGUGUAUUACCGAAGAGGUUUGGCUUUAAAGAGAAUCAUCCCUCAGUGCAUUGCAAGAGACUUUACCUACCUCAUGGUCAUCAACGAGGAUCGCAAAAUGCCCAAUGGAUUGGUGCUCUGCCAUUUACCCGAUGGCCCAACUGCACACUUCAAGGUCAGCAGUGUUAGACUACGAAAGGAGAUAAAGAGACGUGGCAAGGAUCCAACAGCCCACCCAGAGGUCAUUCUAAAUAACUUCUCCACUCGUUUGGGCCACAGCAUUGGGAGGUUGUUUGCAGCGCUUUUUCCACAGGAUCCUCAUUUUGUGGGUCGGCAAGUCGCUACCUUCCACAAUCAGAGAGACUUCAUCUUUUUCAGAUUCCACAGAUACAUCUUCAAAAAUGAGAAGAAAGUUGGUAUUCGUGAGCUUGGACCUCGCUUUACACUUAAACUGCGCUCUUUACAGAAAGGCACAUUUGAUUCAAAGUUUGGAGAGUAUGAGUGGGUCUUGAAGCGUCAUGAGAUGGAUUCCUGCAGAAGAAAGUUCCAGCUUUAAAUGGAGAACGCUGCAGUUUCUCCAAGUUGGAUUAUUGGAUUUUUGUGGACCUCCAAAAAGGAGACUGGACUCAAAAAAUGUACAAUUUGAAAGGUUGCAUACAACUCCCAGUACCUGGAAAUGCAAAAGCAAAGAACGCUGGGAGAUCCCUGAUUUAUGUAUGAUUCCCGGUAGUUUCCAAGAUUUUGGUCUGGAGUAAUUUGUUGGAGACUUUGUGUGGUGGGAGUGCUAAACGGCUUCACCAUUAGAGAAACUUAAGAGCAUGCAAGUUACAGAAAAUGUUCAUUUACUUGGGUUGCUUGAUCUGUGGUGUUUGCGCCAUGCAUUUUUGUUGUAUCCCUUUCCUCUUUGUCACCUACAUCACAUGUCACAUGCCUUGCCUUGUUUUGGGCACUGGAUCGGAUUAUUUGGAUAGAGAAAACAAAGCUGAUCCAUUGUAAAACUAAAAUAUUUAGAGUGUGUUUAGUACUGGGUCAUACAAUUGUAAUAAAUCAAUACAUGUGU